GUUCCUUCAAAUCUCUCCCAAACUCUUGGCCCGUUGGCCAAACGCUAAAGAAAGUCCAGAACUUACAAAGGCAUAAACACCCCCUUCUCUCUCUCUCCCCUCCCUCUCUCUGUCAAUCAACGGCUCCUGUAAAGCCCUAGCAUGGCUCCUUCUCCGCCGUCUUCUCAGUUCUGAAGCCACAAGAGACGAAAAACAAAACAAACACCUCCACCAAACAGUUCUAUGUAGAUUGUUUUCGUCAUAUAGUCAUGCACUGUGACUUGGGAACUUCAGGCUCCAGUGGUCAAAUUGCUUUAGAAAGGACCGAUAUCUCUGCGAGUGUAUCUGAAUUUUGAAAGCAUUUGGUCCGGUGCUGGGUCAUCAAUUGAAGGGGAUAGUGAUUUUAUAUAUUGCUAAUGGCCGAAGACGGCCUCCGGAUUGGUGGGCUUUCUUCUGGUUUGGCUGUAAUAUUGAAUGGUGAGGAUGGUACAGAGAAUUCGUCAAAAACCCGGCUUGUUUCAUACUGCGAUGAUUUUUGUCACCAAUCUGUGGAGCGAACUCUUGAAUAUGUAUUUGGUCUACCUAACAAAUCAAUUUGUCCAUUGAACAUACCAGUUGACAGUAAUUUUGUUCGCUCUAUCAUAAAGAAUGAAUUCUCAAACUUCCAUGUGAACUUGGGUUCUUUGAUUAGAAAUAUGAAUGGACUUUGUAUAUAUGAUAAUGGUUGCGGUCCCAAUGUUGUUGUUCUUGAAGAUAUCAGCAUUUGUGGUGAUAUAAGAAUCAUCAAGCCACCGUUGCUUGUAGAGAGUAUAGCAAGGUUCAGUAGUGCCAGGGCUAAUGCCUGUGUUUGGAAAGGGAAAUGGAUGUAUGAGGUUAUUUUAGAAACAUCAGGUAUACAGCAGCUUGGAUGGGUAACUCUUUCUUGUCCUUUCACUGACCACAAGGGUGUAGGUGAUGCUGAAGAUUCGUAUGCAUUUGAUGGAAGGAGGGAGAAGAAAUGGAAUAAGGAAGCUGAGUCAUAUGGUCAGUCGUGGGUUGUUGGUGAUGUCAUUGGAUGCUGCAUAGAUUUGGAUUGUGAUCAGAUCUCUUUCUAUCGAAAUGGCAUCUCACUUGGAGUGGCGUUUCAUGAGAUUCGCAAGAUAGGGCCCGAAUGUGGGUAUUAUCCAGCAAUUUCUCUUUCUCAAGGUGAAAGAUGUGAAUUAAACUUUGGGUCCCGACCAUUUAAGUACCCUAUUGAAGGCUAUCUCCCCAUUCAAUCACCAUCGUCCGUCACUUUAUUUGCUACUCAGUUGCUGAGGUGCUUGUCAAGGCUUUUGGAUAUGCAAAGUUUGGGACGGGAUGAGCAUUAUUCUAUUGAGAAAUUGAGGAGAUUGAAGACACUUGUUUCAUUUGAAGAACUUUUUGAUACAGUAUCUCAUGGGAUAUGUGAGGAAUUUUUCCAUUUACUUGAAACUGAUGCUGGGAGUGUGGAGUAUAUAGGCUGGGGUCCAUUUCUGUCACUCAUGAUGGAAGUGUUUAGAGUGCAGGCACCACAUGACUAUUCAAGCUUGGAUAAAGCGGUCGAUGUCUUUCUAAAAUUUGAAGGAUCCCAUUUGUUAUUUGAGCACCUGAUAAAUGCCCUUUCAUGUGGCUGCAAAACGAGGUCCUUGGUUCUCACUGAGUGCCCAUUUUCAGGAUCAUAUUCUUAUCUUGCAUUGGCAUGUCAUAUCUUAAGACGAGAAGAAUUGAUGGUGCUGUGGUGGAAGUCAUCAGAUUUUGAAUUCUUGUUUGAAGGAUUUUUGUCACAGAAGUCCCCAAACAAACAGGAUCUUGAAUGUCUGAUGCCUUCUGUAUGGUGGCCUGGUUCAUGUGAAGAUGUUUCCCAUGAGAGUGGCAUGAUCUUGACAACUACCGCUUUGUCCAAAGCAAUCAAUAAGAUAGAAGAGAAGCAUAGGGACCUCUGUCGCUUGGUCAUUCAAUUCAUACCACCUCUAACACCUCCUCAGUUGCCUGGUUCAGUGUUUAGGACAUUUGUACAGAAUCUUUUAUUAAAGAAAAGAGGUGCAGAUCAUAAUGUACUGCCACCUGGAGUUUCAAGCAAUUCUGUUCUUGUUUCUUUGUUCACAGUUAUCCUUCAUUUCCUAUCUGAAGGAUUUGGCAUGAGGGAUAUCUGUGGCUGGUUGAAGAGCUGUGAAAUGGUUGACCUCAAUAUUGGUUUUCUUCACAGGGGUGGUCAGCGAAGUUUUCCUAUGUACUUAUUUUUAAAAAAUGAUCCUCAUCGAACUGACAUAUCUAGGCUUGGAGGAUCAUUCAGUCAUCUAUUGAAUUCAAACCCUUCAAAUAGUGAGGAAGCAGAAGUGAUCAGGUGGGAGGAAGGCUGUAUGGAUGACGAAGAAACCAGAGUUACUCAUUCAACCCGGCAGAAGCCAUGUUGCUGUUCAAGUUCAAGUUAUGAUGACUUCACUAGAAUCUCAAAGGAUCCAAUUAGAUAUACAGCCAAAAGUUCUCCAGGCCAUUGCAACCAUAUUCCAGAGAGAUCUGCUCAUGUUGCUGCAGAAUGUAGUGCUGGAAGUUUGACUGAUGAGAUAGUGGAUAAACCUAGCUCCAGUGAUCAAUCUGAAUCUGAAUUCAGUAUUCGUCCGGUCCAACAUGUAGUGAUUGUACCCCGGGAGAAUGAUGUUUCUUCAGCUAUGCUACAAGAAGAAGAACUUCUAGAUGCUUUGCUGCUGUUGUAUCAUAUAGGUCUUGCACCAAACUUUAAGCAGGCAUCAUAUUACAUGUCUCAUCAGUCCCAGUCAAUCUCUGUGCUGGAUGAAACUGAUAAACAGAUAAGAGAAGGAACUUGCAGUGAGCAAUUAAAGCGUUUGAAAGAAGCCCGCAAUUGUUAUCGUGAAGAAGUUAUUGAUUCCGUAAGACAUUGUACAUGGUAUCGCAUCUCUCUUUUUUCUCAAUGGAAGCAGAGAGGGAUGUAUGCAAUGUGCAUGUGGAUUGUCCAAUUGCUUCUGGUUCUUAGCAAAGUGGAUUCCUUGUUCUUUUACAUCCCUGAAUUUUAUCUGGAAACUCUGGUUGACUGCUUUCAUGUGUUGCGGAAGAGUGAUCCUCCGUUUGUUGCACCUGCGAUAUUUGUCAAGCAGGGACUUGCUUCAUUUGUUACCUUUGUAGUAGUCCAUUUCAAUGACCCAAGGAUAUCAAGUGCAGAUCUUAAGGAUCUUCUCCUCCAGUCCAUAUCGGUCUUGAUACAGUACAAGGAAUAUUUGGCAGCUUUUGAGAGCAAUGAAGCAGCAAUACACAUCUUGCCAACAGCAUUGAUUUCAGCAUUUGAUCAGAGAUCCUGGAUCCCAGUAACCAACAUUCUUCUGCGAUUAUGUAGGGGUUCUGGAUUUGGUUCUUCCAAGCAUGGGGAAUCAUCAUCAUCUGUGGUUUUCCAGAGAUUGCUACGGGAAGCUUGCAUCAAUGACAAAGAUCUGUUCUCGGCUUUCCUCAACCGCCUAUUUAAUACUCUCAGUUGGACAAUGACUGAAUUCUCAGUUUCCAUGCGUGAAAUGCAAGAAAAAUUCCAGGUUUAUAUUGGGUGAUGCCAAAGAAAGUUGUAGAUCUUCUUGCAUGUUGGAGAGGCUUUGAGGGAAGGAAAUGUGUAGCUGCCAGAUGGAAUAUGAUUCCCUUGUGUUUGUGGUGUAUUUGACUGGAAAGGAAUGAGAGAUGUUUUGAAGACAAAGAGCGUUCUCUCGGAGAUCUUUUUUUUUCUCUACGUUGUGUUUGUGGACUAGGAUUUUUGUAAGGGAUGAAGAUAAUGUACUGAAUCUGUUUUAGUCUUUUUUCCUGCUUAGAGUGUAGUAGGUAUUUUCUUUGUAUACUUCCUGUGUACUUGGGCUGUGCCUAUUCUUGGUAAUAAAAUAUCUUCUUAAUUAUAAAAAAAAAAAAAAACUUGAGAGAAAGGAAGAGCAAGUGUUGGGUUUAGUGUUGUAAUUAAAACAAAAGGAAUUGAUCAGACUGAGAUUGAAGGGGCUGAAAAUUGUAAGUGGAAAAUGAAAAUGGUGAAGCAAAAUCAAAUUGAAAAUAGUAAAGUAAUAAAAUUAAUUGAGUGAAUGCUGAGGUGGCACAAUUUUUUACAAAGAGAAUGCUUUAGCUUUAUAUAAGAGAACGAUUCACCGGUGGGUUUCUUCAACUCCUCUUGCGGUUUGAGUUAGGGAGAUCCACUUUCUCCUUUUCUUUUUUUAUUUGUCAUGGAAUCUCUCAAUAAGAUGAUUGAGGGCCUGGUGGACGGGGGUUUACUCUAGGGAUUUCCGGUGGGGAAUGGCGAUCUCAACAUUUCGCACUUGCUAUUUGCCGAUGACACACUCAUCUUUUGUAGAGCACACCUUGGACAUGUUCAAGCCUUGAGGGCACUACUCCUUUGUUUUGCAGUUGUUUCAGGCCUGAGUAUCAACCUUGCAAAGUCCGAAUUAGUGCCAGUGGGGGUUGUUCUCAAAGCGGAGAAUUUAGCUACAAUCUUGGGGUGCAGGAUAUCUUCUCUUCCUGUGGAGUAUCUUGGCUUACCUUUGGGUGCCACCUUUAAAUCUAAAAGGAUUUGGAAUGAUGUGAUCGAAAAGGUGGAGUGCAGAUUGGCUGCUUCUUGGAAGAGGCUGUACUUGUUGAAAGGUGGUAGGCUGAAUUGAUUAAAAGCACUCUUUCAAACUUUCCCAUCUAUUUUUUGUCAUUGUUCCUGCUUCUCACAAAGGUGGCUAAUUGCAUUGAGAAGUUACAAAGGGAUUUCUUGUGGAGUGGAUUGGGGGAAGAGUUCAAAUUCCACCUGGUUAAUUGGUCAACGGUUUGUACCCCAAUUUCUGGGGGAGGUUUGGGGAUUUGUCACUUGAAGAAAUUCAAUCAAGUUCUUUUGAGUAAAUGGUUGUGGAGGUACCAACAUGAAAGUGAGGCCUUAUGGAAGUCUGUUAUUGAUUCACAGUUCGGGGAGGCUUUGCGAGGAUGGUGCUCGAAUGAGGUACGAGGUACGCAUGAAGUGGGGUUGUGGAAAUACAUUAGGAGCCUUUGGGAGUCCUUUCGAGGACAUGAACAUUUUGUUGUGGGCGAUGACUCGUGUCAAUUUUUGGUAUGACAAGUGUGGUACCCAUCGUCUUCGAGACACCUUCCCUGCUAUCUUUGAGCUCGUUAGAGAAAAGGAUGCAACGAUUGCCUAUCUUUUGGCCUUUUCAAAUGGUUCCCCUCAAUGGAAUAUUGAUUUCAAUAGGGCAGCCCAAGAUUGAGAAUUGGAGUCUAUUACGGAGUUCUUUGCGGCAUUGUAUUCCAUAAGUAUUUCAGGGGGUACCAGAGACAAGGUGCACUGGAGCCUUUCCAAGAAAGGUAUUUUCUCUGUUAGUUCAUUUUAUCAAGUGCUAAUGAGCCCUAGAAGGACUAUGUUCCCGUGGAAGAGCAUAUGGCAGACGAAAGCUCCUUCAAAAGCAGCUUUUUUUGUUGGACAGCAUCCUUGGACAAGAUCCUUACUGCAGAUAAUAUGAGGAAACGACGGGUAAUUGUGAUGGAUUGGUGUUGUAUGUGUAAGAAGCAUGGGGAAUCAGUAGAUCAUCUGCUUUUACACUAUGAGAUGGCCAGGAUCAUGUGGGAUGAUUUUUUCUCUAGAAUCGGGUUGUCUUGGGGUUAUGCCUCUUAAAUUGGUGGAUUUCCUAGCAAGCUGGAGAGUACUCCAUGGGAAUUCACAGGUAGCGGCAAUUUGUAGAAUGGUCCCAAUGUAUAUGUGUUGGUGUAUUUGGAGGGAGAGAAAUGCUAGAAGCUUCGAAGAUCAAGAGAGAACUAUGGAUGAGUUAAAAGUUUUCUUUCGAGUCAUUGUUCUUAUGGGCGGGGGCCAUAGUUUGUAAUGGGCUAAGGGUCCUUGACCUUCUACUUUCUAUUGUAACCUCUAGCUACGUGUUCCUCAUGUAUACUUCUAUGAAUAUAUUAUCAUCCCUUACAAAAAUCCUAGCCCUCAAACACAUUGUAGGAAAGAAAAAAUUCCAAAGUUCUUCUAGAGAACGCUCUGUCUUCAAAACAUCUCUCAUUCCUUUCCAGCCAAAUACACCACAAACACAAAGGAAUCAUAUUCCAUCUGGCAGCUACACAUUAAUUCCCUCAAAACCUCUCCAACAUCCAAGAAGAUCUACAACUUUCUUUGGCAUCACCCAAUAUAAACUUGUCCAACUCAAAACCUCAUACCAUAAGACUUUGCCACCUCACAAUGAAGAAAGAGAUGUUUUACAGAUUCACCAUCCUUCUUGCAUACCUAUCACAAAAUAUAUUGUGAUAGAUGUUACGCCACUUUGUGGUUGGGAGCAGGUUGUGUGCGAUGUGCACACCCACCGUAGUGACUGACACGAUGGUUAAUGUGUGGGAGUUGGUCACAUGCCUUGUGCAUAUUCACUGCAGUGAUCAAAGCUGUGGUUAAUACUGGAGAUUAGUGUGUAUUUGUAUGUAAGAAAUAGGUUUGGGGGACACGGCAUGGAGUGACUUGUUAUGUAGGAGGUUUCCAAUAGUUGUUAGAGAGUUAGGCCCAUAGCUGGCCUAUUAAUGAGAUAUCUUCAAACAAUUUUUCAGUUGUUUAAUUGACUUCUGUCUGAUCUUUGAACUCACUGCCUUUUUCAUUUUCUGAACUGUUCAAAUGAUGAUAGUAUUCUUUGACCCUUUCACGUGAUUUAGAUAGUAAUUAAUAUGAUUGGCUUAAUCUAUAGGCUGAGAAUACUAGGUGGGAUUGUGGUGAAAUAUUUGGACUUGAUUCUUCUUUACUGUGCCUCUAAAUUAUCUAGUUUUGC